CACCGGUUGGGCCGGUCGAGUCGUAGGGCGUGACCUUUCCUGUUGCUGUUUAGGUCGUCGGCUUGGUCGAAAUACGUGCGAUGGAGACAUGAUACAUGAUUGGAAUAGACAGGGAAAAUGUCAGCAUCAACGUAUACCGGUGAAUUGCCACGAACUCCUCAGAACAGAGAACGUGCCGCUCAACCCAAUCGUCUGCUAAGAUGGGAUUGUGCAGUAUUUGGAUUGGCCUCUUCGGCGGCUUGCAUUCCCUCUACCAUAUUCCCGCCAAUAAGCGGCUGGAUCAAUAUGCAGCCCCGGCUGACGGGCCGACACUAACAUUAGACAAAUUCGCGACUUCGACAAUUCACAAGGC